CAGCAUUCCAAAUAUGACAGACACAUUUGAGCAAUACCUAUAGCUUUGGUGCAAUUAACAUACACAUGUCCACCCGUUGGAAGGUAAUUUGUAGAAGACUUUUAAGGCGUCUGUCCACUAGAAGGCAGAGUCGAUUAUUUUGUAGUUAUUUUUUCUCCCUUGCAACGAAAGCAUGUUCUAGAAAAACUACAAAAGAAGAUUCCGGUCCGCCACCAUGAAGUCUCCCCUUUAAAAAGUCCUGGAGCUAGGCUGAAGCGCUGAUUUCAAAGGGAACAAUUAAUCCGCCCAAUACCUAAAGGGCCCUGCAUGUGACCUGACCUGAAAGCCCUACCUUUUGUGUGUUUGAGUGUAGCACGCACAUGAUACACUUCUCUCCCACGGUUCUGGAUGGAUGAUAUUGGUUCACAAGUAUUACACAUUUUCUCGUUAUACUUAAUCUGUCACCAGAAUGCCUCGCAUCGAAAAUGACGUCAAGCUUGACUUCAAAGAUGUCCUGCUUCGACCCAAGCGCAGCACUCUCAAGUCGCGGAGUGAGGUUGACCUCAUACGGAGUUUCAGCUUCCGAAACUCCAAAGGCAGCUACAGAGGAAUUCCUAUCAUUGCUGCCAACAUGGACACCGUGGGAAACUUCGAGAUGGCCCUGGCCUUGCACAAGUUCACUCUCUUCACCACGAUCCAUAAGCACUACUCUGUGGACGACUGGAAGGAGUUUGCCGCUAAGCAUCCUGAAUGCAUUCAGAGCGUGGCCGUCAGUACGGGCAGCGGCGACGGCGACUUUGACAGGGUGUCGGCCAUCUUGGCGGCGGUGCCCCAGUUGCAUUUCAUCUGCGUGGACGUGGCAAACGGCUACUCCGAGCACUUUGUCAACUUUGUGAAGGACGUCCGGCAGAAGUUCCCCACACACACCAUCAUGGCGGGGAACGUGGUGACGGGAGAGAUGGUGGAGGAGUUGAUCCUGGCCGGAGCUGACAUCAUCAAAGUAGGCAUCGGACCAGGUUCCGUGUGCACCACUCGUAAGAAGACGGGCGUGGGCUACCCGCAGCUGAGCGCGGUCCUGGAGUGUGCGGACGCAGCACAUGGCCUCGGUGGACACAUCAUCUCGGACGGGGGGUGCACCUGCCCAGGAGACGUCUCAAAGGCGUUCGGCGCGGGGGCGGACUUUGUGAUGCUAGGGGGGAUGCUGGCGGGCCACACGGAGAGCGGCGGCGAGGUCAUCGAGAAGAACGGCAAGAAGUACAAGCUCUUCUACGGCAUGAGCUCAGACACGGCCAUGAAGAAGCAUGCCGGGGGUGUGGCCGAGUACAGAGCGUCUGAGGGGAAGACGGUGGAGGUUCCCUUCAAGGGCCCGGUGGAGGCCACGGUGCGGGACGUCCUGGGCGGCGUGCGCUCCUCGUGCACGUACGUGGGCGCCGGGAAGCUGAAGGAGCUGAGCCGCCGCACCACCUUCAUCAGGGUCACCCAGCAGCUCAACACCGUCUUCGGCAAUGACAGCUAGGGAGCCCUCCCCCUCCCACCCCUGCAAUCUAGUCCCAUCCCCCACCCCCCU